AUGAACGUGAACCCGCACAUCCACCAUCUCCAACAGCAGUAUCAACAACAGGGCGCCGCGCAAGCAGGGCAGCUGCCCCAAUUGUCGCAAAUGCUGAUGCAGCAUCAAUUACAGAGACAACAAUUGAUCAAUCAGCAUCUUCAGCAACAACUGCAACAACAGCUGCAACAGCAAGGUGGCACAUCAUCCAACCCACUUUUAGCGGCGUUAAACGGAAACCAGAAUCCCAAUCUUGCCAAUCCCGGCGCUAACACGGCCAGUGUUCUCAAUCAGAAAGUGAAUCCACUUUUACAGAUGCAGAUGCAACAACAAGUGCAGCAGCAACAGUCUCAACCAAGGAUGUUCCCAAAUCAGCAACCGAUUCCACAGCAGCAACAACUAGGGCAGGCGCCUCAACAGGUGCCUAUAAUCAAAGAUGUGUGGAACUUCAACUUGGAGUACGAAUUUAACAACCUCAGAAACUUUAUUGACGACAAAUCAUCAAAAAUUUUUAUCUCCAUUCAUCAGGAAAUUCCCGGCAUUGUGGCUAGACCGUUGGGCACUUUCAAACUGUCGGCUGAUUACCACUUUCAGUGUUUGAGAUCUAACCUGGAUAUCCUAAAUCUCAUUCAGUUAUCUCUCUGUGCGGUGAAGAUGCAAAAUGACAAAAUCAGCAAUUCCGUCAUAUGGCAAUUUAAUUUCGCUUACGACGUUACGCAAGAAAUGUUUAAUGAGGAGCAUUUGUACAUGUUGACUCAAACCUCCCAAAUCAACUUUGCCAUGCACAUGAGCCAGGGUAUUUCUCACCACGCAUUUGCCGAACUAAUGAUCGAAAGCGGCCUUCUAUUGGACCAGUCGAUAAACUGGUUGAGUUACCAUUCAGGGUACGACUUGGGCUUCCUAAUUUCUCUUUUGACAAACGACGUCUUACCUCAAGACGAGAAGGAGUUUUUCUGGUGGUGUACUAAGUAUUUCCCCAAUUUUUUUGAUUUGAAACAUAUUGGUAACCAACUUUUGAGCGGUGGUGGCAAAGGUGGUGGCAACUCGAACGCUAAUAACGACAUAGGUGGACUAAGUAACUCAACGUCAUCGGGUGCAGCUGGAGACAUCAAGAAAGGCCUCACAGGAAACAAUAAACCUUCUGUGGAAUAUCUUGCAGAGGAAUUGCAUUUGCUUCCAAUAUCUCCUCUCAUUCGACAGUACUUUGCGUCAAGCUCAGCAGGUCAGUUUGCCAAUCAUCAGCAUCAACAAAUGACAUCCACACUUCACGCUUACUUGCUAAUGGAGUGCUUCAAAGAGCUCUACAGACAGUUGGGCGGAGAAUUCUCUGUUUUUGAGAAGUACAAGGGUUACUUGUUCGGGUUAGGGGAUGCUACUGAGGCAGCUCAGGAGAGCGAAAAGGGGUCGACCACAAAGCAAUGGUAG